GUGCCCUUCCCACCGCAGAUCAACGCCUCCUGCAAGUCUCUGAUCGAGGGCUUGCUGCAGCAAGAUCCGUCCCAACGGCUUCCCAUGAGGCCCGGUGGUGUCAAGAACCUCAUGAACCACAAGUGGUUCGCUGAGCACGACUGGGAGAGCAUGAGGAAUCUGGCCCUGAGCCCGCCGUACAAGCCUGUGGUCAAGAACAAGCGAGACCUCGCAAACUUUUCUGCCCGGAAAGAGGAUGCUCCGAGGCAGCUCGAAUAUAUCGACCCGGGCACCGGCUGGGACAAGAACUUUGCCACGUCCACUUGA